AUUGGAAACGAACGCAGCAAGAGCGUCGGAAGUGCGGAAAACGCGUGAAAACGUAGAGCGCGCACGUUUGGCCCUUGGAAAUCUACGCAUGUCAUUAGGGCAAUGGUUGUUGUCGGGAGUCAAUCGGUGCAUCGAGUGAAAGCAAACUUUGUUACUGGAGCAAUCUCUAUCUGUGCAACAGUGGCGUAUUGAUGGUUCGUAGUGUUGUGACUUUUCUAUGGCUGCAAUUCAAUUGCGUUGUGGUGUUCUUAAAUAUCAUCGUUCGUCGUAUGACACAUGAAGCUAGGUCAACAACAGCACGGAAGCAAUCGACCGUACGAAUUAGCUAAGUGAAAUGUUUUGUCUGCGAGUGAGUAACCAAUUGCAUUAGCGACUAGUGCGAUCCCUAUCGAUUUGACAGCGAGGACAUAAUCCCUACAAUCAACAACGAUGGAGCAACAGGAUAGUACUGAACAGCAUCAUGAGCAAAUCCCGCAAAGCGGCAGCCUCGGAACGGAAGACGUUCGUGCCCAAACUAGACGAGGACACUGCAAAUGGUUUAACGUCGUCAAAGGAUGGGGCUUCAUCACCCCGGACGAUGGGGGACAGGACGUGUUUGUGCAUCAGAGUGUACUUCAAAUGGAAGGAUUUCGAUCGCUGGGUCAAAACGAACCGGUCGAGUUUGACUGCAAACUGACGGAUAAAGGCUUUGAGGCAACCAAAGUGUAUGGUCCCUCACAGACGCAAUGCAAGGGAAGCGAAUUCCGGCCGAGAGCCAAGCGGAAGUUCCGUAAAAUGAGGUGUUACAAUUGCGGAGAAUUUUCAAACCACAUUGCACAGACAUGUUCCCAAGGUCCACUGCCGAAACGGUGCCACCACUGCAAGGGCGAAGAUCAUCUAGUGGCAGAUUGCCCCAAUAAACCAAAAUCGCCGCCAGACGCGCCUACGACGAGUACUCAUACGAACAGCUAGAGGCCCCAGCUACGAGCCCUCAUCGUCGUAUCAAUCAGGUGGUAUGAUGAUGCAGUAGCGCUUACCAUUAGUGGUUCAUGUCCGUGCUGCCUACGGUUUUUAACCACGCUUAUAUUGUAGUACAAACACACAAACAAAUGAUUCCUACAAGCCAAGCAAGAACUUACCUACCUUCCUAUUCAUCUACUCUACCUCACCGAAAAUGACUGCAAGUUAUUGAAAGAAAACGAUGUUCCAUACAGAAUGGUAUCCUUAUACAGAUAACAAAAUACUAUUCGUAAUUAGUAUGUUACUAUAUAUACAAAAAAAACGAAAUGUUGGGAAGCCUUUUGCUUCCCGGUUGGUAUUAUCAACAUUGCCAAAUGACCUAUAUCUACAAAAAAAUCAUUUAGAGUUAGUAACAAAAAAACACAUAUGUACUGAGAAUGAUCACGUUCAUUCCGACCUGAAACGAAAUAAUUCGAAAAUGUCCCCAGUGAAAUGCAACGUCUAACGGAACGCACUAGCGCGGUUUUUGAACGAAUGAAUGCUUGAUGUAAAUAUAGUAUGUGCAAUUCUCGAGAUGCAUUACGAGUGCCAACAAUCGUCCUUUAUGAAUCAAGAUCUAACCAUUCGAGCAACAACACAUAAAUCUCGAAGAUAUUUCGAGACGAUUCUGUACAUCGCAAAAAAAACCAACGAAAACCACAUCCCAUCUAAUAGUGGUGGAAACUAAGAUCACAAAAGUUACUUAACAUAAAAUUGUAGAAAACGGAAUAAACGCCGAGUUGCGUGUAGUGACUAUAGCAGAGUUUGGUUCAGUUGAAGAGCUUUAAUAAA